CUUAGCAUCUAUCGAUAGAAAGGGUAUAAUGAAAACUAUUCGAAGCUUUGGUAUAAAAACGAAAUUGAUUUCAAAGAAAUGAGACAGUUCAAUAUUAGAAAAUGCAGAUAUCAGUUGUGUUGCUUUGUUUGGUAUAACUUCAUCUCUAAGUGCUGUGGACGAUCGCAGUCAGUGCAUUGCCCUGGAGCCCGAGCGAUCCCAUGGAGCCAGUGCUGUUUCAAGCCUACAAACACCAGAAGCAACGAAAUUUGGCCAAAAUACAACUGCCUCCACAAAGUGCUAUCAAUUUUGUUGGUCCCAGACAGGCAGCAUCCUUGGAAGAAGAUGACGAUGACAGCUACUAUGACGAUGGCUACGAGGACGGAGACAAGAAUGUGCCAGUGGAUUACACAGAAUCGGAGGAAGAUGAUUACGCGUGGCGUUGAAAUAUACACAUGUACAUAACAUACAUACUUAGACACUUUUAUAUAUGUAAAGUAAAUGUAGUAUUUAUUUAACGGCAACUUGGUUGGUAAU